AUAGGAAUCCUGAUAAGACCACUUUGGAAAGAGCUAUUGGGAUAUUGAAGACUCAUCCUUGUUAUUCAGAGUUAUAGUAAUGAAGGUGUGUAAGAGGAUUGAGAAAGAAGAGUAUAAGCAAGCUAUUAGAGAGAUUGAAAAUGAUCAACAGUUUCAAAGGUUUUGAAUGGCUUUUACAUGGUCAUCUAUUAAAAAGGGGUCUCUUACUACAUUUAAUCAUGAAGAUAUACAAAGCCCUCCCGAAUUAAUGUAUUUUAAGAAUUGUUUCUAUAAGCAAAAAGAAUCAAUUAAGAAAUUUCAAAGACAAUUUUCAGAAUUAUAUGACAAACUUCUGAACACAGAGAAAUUAGACAGGCAACUCCUUUUAGCAAAAUGCUACAAGAUUUGUUAUGAAUCCAGAGAUAACAGAUAUGAUUUAGCCAAAAUCCAUAUCAACAUGCACGAGAAAGAUCAAGCCAAGAUUUCUCAAUCAAUAGGGAACUACAAAUUGCCCAAAUGUGAAGGACUGAGCUUAAUAUCCGUUCAUCAGAAGCCUGAACUUACCAAGUCUAUAUAAUGCGAAGAUCUUUUCCAGAGAAGGUCGAAAGCUUUAGAUUCAAUAAUAGAGAAGCUGAUUGGAGUAACCCCAAGAAAGUCAAUAUUGGUAGAUACCUGAAGGAAUUAGCACAAGCACUUCCGAAGGUCACCCAAAAAGUUUCAUUCAGAUAUUUUGAAAUUAACCCACCACAGUUCAAGAAAUUGCUGUAUUUAUGUAGAGAUAAGGAAUCAGUUGAGUUUGAAAGUUGUAAGAUCCAUCUUCAAGAAGUUCCAAACCUAGUAAAAGCUCUUGAAGGGUGCAAAAUCCAGACUCUUAACUUCUAUGCCUGAGGCAUGAGCAAAUAUGGUGAUUGGGUUAACAACCAACACCAUUUAGAUAAUUUGAUUAAUGGGCUAUCCCAAUGUGAUGAUCUGCAAAAUAGCUUGAAGGGGCUUAGCCUUGAUGGAAAUGAUAUGUCAAAAGGAGCUUUCAGAACUGUAUUCGAAAAAUACAGCUUCAGGAAUAUCUCUUUCGAGGAGAGGUAUAACUAA